AGAAGAAAGAAAAGCACAAAAGCUCAUCAAAACCCCAAAUGUGACCCAUUAUACAUCCCAUUAUCAUUUUUGUUCCAAAAAUUUCCUUCUCUUUCCCAAUUCAUUGAAAGAAGAAAACAUCAUGGUUAAAGCUUUGCAACAAUCAAAAUCGCAAUCAAGAACAACAAAAACAACCAAUAAUCUUGUUUCUCCAAAGCUUUUCCUCUAUCUCCUCUCCAUCUCAGCUCUCCUUUUCAUCCUCUUCCACAUCCACUCCCUCCACCACCAUGUCCCUCCACCACCUUCCUCCAUCGUUGCUGCGAAGCUCCGCCGUUCCGUUACGUUUCUUCCCCUCAAGGACUUGCGUUACUCCAACAAAGCCCUUGUAGGCCAUACAUGGUUCAUGAGCUCCUUGUAUGACAUCCAGGAGGAAGGUGAGGUUCAAUACCAGCAGUUUCCAUCACCGGUGGUGGACGGCGACGAGCGGAUGCUUUGCCUGAAAGGGCGUGACACUCACGACGGGUCUUGGAAUUACUAUGGGUUGGCGUGGCCUGAAGGUUUGCCGGAAAAUGCGAGGGUCAAGAAAGGUGUGAGCUUUGUGUCUUACAAUCAUUAUGAUUAUCAAAAUAUUUGGCAUGGCUUGUCCGCUCUCAUGCCUUUCGUUGCUUGGCAUCAGAUUCAAGGAAAGUGUGAAGUACCAGAGAGAUGGAUAUUAUACCACUGGGGGGAACUGAGAUUGAGAAUGGGAAAAUGGGUUUCCACAUUAAUGGAGGCCACAUUCGGAGCCCCGCUUCAGUUCGAAGCUUUCGAAGAUAUCAGCGAAGGGCAGCCAGUUUGCUUCGAGAAGGCGGUGGUGAUGAGACACAACGAGGGCGGAAUGUCGAGGCAGCGCCGGAUGGAGACCUACGACUUUAUGAGGUGCAAGGCACGGUUGUUCUGCAACUUAACCUCGCCUGAGCCGUUGUCAGCGGCGGUGGGUAUGACGAUGUUAAUGAGAACGGGGCCCAGGUCGUUCAGGAAUGAGACGACGGUGGUGGAGAUUUUUGGGAAGGAAUGCGCAAAAGUCGCCGGCUGUCGCCUCACGGUGGCUUAUUCCAAUAAUCUCACCUUCUGUGAACAGGUGAGUUUGAUGGGGAAGACGGACAUAUUGAUAUCCCCACAUGGAGCACAACUGACAAACAUGAUUCUAAUGAACAGAAACAGUAGCGUAAUGGAAUUCUUUCCCAAAGGGUGGUUGGAACUUGCGGGCAUUGGCCAAUAUGUGUACCAUUGGCUCGCUAGCUGGUCUGGAAUGAGGCAUCAAGGUGCUUGGAGAGACCCUAAUAGCACUCUUCCCUGUCCUUAUUCUCCCGGCGAUCGUCGAUGCAUGUCCAUUUACAAAGCUGGCACUAUUGGAUACAACAGAACACACUUUUCUGAGUGGGCUAAGAGUGUUCUGAAUGAGGUGAAGAUGAGAAAGAUGGAGGAAGCAACAAAGGUCACUACAAAUCAAAUUCAUGAGUGUUCUUGUAUCUAAUUUUUCCCCAUCUUCUAGGCACAUUUCUUUAGUAAUUUAUAUACCCCAUUGACUCUUUUUUUUUCCGGAAAAAGAGAAUAAUAAUCAUUGUAUAAAAAUAUACUGGAAUUUAUUGACUUUUUUGGUAAAAUGAUUUACACAUCCA